AUGAGUUUCGUAAAACAUUCAGCUCGCCUCAAGCAUAUCACACGCCACCUGAAUGCACACAAGUCCGUGACAAGCGCUGCUGUCGCUCAUGUCUUCAGCAGGUCGACAAGUACAGGUAGGCUUCAGCGGCCCAUGGUUUUGCUUACCGGCGGAGGGAACGGCAUUUACAAAUGGAUGGGGUGGUGUUGCUUCUUAUUGAUUCUCUGUUUUGAGACGUUUCAAGCCGUAAAGUAAAUUAGUAUUAGUUUCUUUCUGACAGGCCUUGACAAUGAGCGCAUUUACACGUACCGCUCAGACCUCGUUAAUACAGACACUGGAAGCGGGGGGGGGGGGGGGCAAAGAAAGUUCCCUUAUUGCUGGUUUGCACGUGACGUCACGGCGGCCAUGUUGGUGGUCAAGAACAAAAGCAUUUCUCUCCUCUGGGAACUAAAAGUCUCUAUUUUCAUGCAAAUUCUUCAAGGAAAUAUUAUUUUGUUUUGACCCCCAACAUGGCCGCCUUGUCACCUGGUUGCAAACCAAGAAUUAACGAGGUGCACAUAUUAAGAGGGUUGAAUUUACAGAAAAUGUAAUACACCAGUCAAUGUUAAGCCCCAGGAAUGGGGGCCAAUACCCAGGGGGAUUUAACAUUCUGGGCCAUUUUCAUGUCAAAUUCUUUACCCAGGGGGAAAAAGAUUGAUGUCAAAUACCCCUUCCCUUGGGGUACAUAUUUUUGUUUGAUUUAAGAUGAUAUAAUUUACCAUGCUUAUUUCCUUAUCACUCCCACAGUCUUUAUUUUCCAUCUAAUAUUAUUAUAUUGCAUACUUUGUACAGAGGUAUUUCUUUCAUAAUCAAGCACUUGUAAUUUUUUAAAGCUGUUUGGUCCUACACAGACAAAUAUUCAACUGUGAACAGGCAAAGAACAAACGUGGACACCAAACAACUUUCUGAAACAGGAAUCCCACGGAACUCUGGGUAAAGUUUUCAAGAUGGCAGGCUGAGGCUAGGUGUCAGACUCUUGUCAGAUCUCGUCAAACUCCCCUACCCUCGGGAUGUUGUGUUAUGUCAAAUCUUAUAUUAUUCCCCGCCCACGAGAAAGCAAAUACACUCAAAUGCCCAGGGGAUGCCAGGCCUCCCUAUCCUGAGGCUUAGCAUUGACUAGUACAUAUUAGGGCUUACUUUCCCCAGGGACAAAGCAAACUGUCUGUAAUAAUGAGGUGUUCAUAUUAAGCAGGUGUCCGUAAAGGGGCACUGCACACUAGAUGCAUCAAUUCAUCAUGAUUCCUUGACUGUUAGUCAAGUUCUAGUCAACUCCUUUACCUCCGGUCAGUUGGGGAUUGGAAAAUCAGGUUUAAUUUGUUUGUUUUGUUAAUGAUCAUUUGAGCGGAGUACUUGACUGAACAACAGUUGUGCAAUUGGCAAAAAAAUCAGUAAGGCUUUUUCUGAGGUUCUGCGGCCUUCAAACAGAAAAAUAAAUGUAGCGUUCCCUCCCCCAUCUGCUCCGUGCAAAGUUGUGCUGCUGCUUGAGCUAUCAGUAAGAAACAAAAAACACCGUAACUUUGAAUUAUGUUGGGGACGGGGGAGGUUGUGGGGAUUGUUUUGUUAAUCGAAGUAGCCCAUUAUUUUGAUGACAGUUUCUUAACAAUGUUUUGUUGCUGUUUAUAGCUAGGUUAACAAGGCACACAGUUUUUCUCCUUAAUAAACUAAUGCAUCAUUACCGCUUUACCAUAAUGAUAGAGCUCUGACUACAUCUUCUCAUAGAUUCCCAGGAAUAUGAUUUAAUUGUCAUUGGUGGGGGAUCAGGAGGUCUUGCCUGUUCAAAUGAAGGUGAGAAUUAUACAAGCCACUAGAAUAUCAACUCCUUUGUUUCACCUUAUAAAACUUAUACACUGACUUUACCCAUGAUACCCAUUACACAGGAUCAUCAAUUGUGCUCUUUCAUAUUGUGGGGAACGGGUAUGAGUUUAUGUAUUACCGUAUUUAUUCGACUAUAAGCCGAUCUCGGCUAUAAGCCGAGACCCCAAACUUUGAACGUGUAGACUCGGCAUAACGAGAACCAAAAAUAAAUCGAAAACACCCGGCUAUAAGCCGAGACCCAUUCAUUAUUACAAGACUGAAUUGUUAACCACGGGAAAACCUAACAUUUUCGGAAAAAAAUCACAUUGAUUGUCAUAAAUGAGGCUUAGACGAUAACACACACGCGCCUAUACAAGAGAUGCAAUGGUGAUUUAUUAUGCAAACAGCUUUCCUCUUAGAAAGCACACGCGAAUUAACAAAUAUUAACCGUAACUAACUAUUCAAUUGAAAAACAAUGAAUCCUAACUCAGAUGAAUUAAUGUGAUCCAAAAAAUGAAUUUAAAAGUAACUGUGUUGUUAAGCGGCAUCACCAGUACCUAGACAUCCGUAGCGUCUAUCAAACAAUCUCGUGUUCGCAAUCGUUUAUUUCAAGUCAAGUUGUCAUCAUGCCCAAAGCUCAUCGCACGUCAUACAACCUCGCGCUUAAACUUACAACAGUCGCCGAAGCAGAAGCUGUUGAAAAUAACUCUGAAAUCGCCCGAGAAUAUGGCAUCAGUGAGUCCAUGAUCCGUCGCUGGAGGAAAGAUCAAGCGAACCUUUUUAACGGCGAGAUUAAUUGUCAGCGAAACGGAAGACGAUGGAAUGCUUCACGCCGAAGUAUCCAGAGCUCGAUCAAAGAAUACUGGAAUGGUUUACAGAGCAGAGAAGCCAAGGUAAGUUUUUUGUCGAGCAUUGAUUUUGUAUCUUAAAACAACAGAAACAAGAUCACGAAAUAACUCAAUCAGCUGAUUGCAGAGUGAAUAUGAGUUGAAUGUGUGACUCCCAAAACUAUCGUCGUGUCAUGUGACAACGUUGUGUAUGAAAGAUUCUCAUUGGCCAGUUUUCACAAAUGUCAAAACAAAUUCAAGACGUGUCAAAAUUUUAACCUUUCGAUCGUUUUAUAACCUUCUCACUUCGUUUUGCAUAGGAGUAGCUGUUAGCGGAUUGAUGCUACGUCUAAAGGCAAAGGAAUUCAGCGAGGAUCCUGAGUUUAAAGCGUCCCUCGGCUGGUACCAGAAAUGGAAGCGCCGCCAUUCCAUCAGCCUUCGCACCAAAACAACACUCGCUCAGCGUCUCCCUGAAGAUUUGGAGCCGCAAACAGUCAAAUUCCAUCGAUUUGUAAUCACAUCCCGUCAGCGUCACGGUUAUUCCCUAUCAAGAAUCUUUAUCUUUUCUGUGAAAACACAUUAAAUUUAACAAACGGCUCCUUUAGGAGCCACCACAUUCUUAAAAGUUAAGAACCAACGAUUGCAUAUUGUGUUUCUUUACUUUAGCUCGGCUUAUACGUAAAUACAUCUCGAUUUAGUAGAGUUUCCAUGCGCCGGAAAAAUUUUUUUUUCAAAAACUUUCGGCUACAAGCCGAGACCCCCUCUAGAGCCUAAAUUUUAAUUCACUUCAGUUUUAAUUUGUGUAAAAAUCGCUCGGCUUAUAGUCGAAUAAAUACGGUAUGUACUUUUUAAAAAACGAGCAGGAGUGUGUAUUUAUCAGUUUUUAAACCUUGUAAUACAAGACUGCAAGUUUUUUUGAAGGGCUUCAAAAUCUCUGAUUUUAAGAUCAACUUAUUCUUGUACUAAUAUUUAGAUUUGGGGUUAUUUUGAUCCAAAAAAUUGGACGUAAAGAUUAACUGUGUCUUUAUCAGAUAUAAUCAGAUAUAAAGACACUCAUUAAACAUUGAUUUCUUUUGUUUCUUUGUUAUGAAUUGUGAAUGGGUUUUGACGGGAUUUUCAACACAACACUUACAUAGUCCAAAAGAGUGCAUCAAGUUCUAAAAGUUGGUGUUAAUCAGCCCAGUUUUAAACAAGAUACAGACAUAAAAAAAACUUCAAAUUAAAUAAAAAAUAUAUAUAUGGACAUCCAGACAGGUGUCUAGGUUAUUCAACACAUUCCUUUGUAAAUUUUCAAGUUUUUAAUUGGCUGUAUCUUUUUCAAUAUCGGCCUUUUUAACACCAAAAUUAGGGAUUUUCUAAAAUCUGGUGUGCUCUUUCUUUUUAAAUGGGGAUUGUGUAUGUUGAUAAUCCCAUAAUAGUCAUGAACUUGUACCCUGAGUACCCCUGAAAGCCCACAAUGGGGCAGAGAAGUGCUGUUUUAGUAGUUGCAAACUUUUUUUGCUUCUGUGAGUUGCUUGACCAGAGACCUACUGUUACCUAAGGAGGGGAAGCUUUGGGGUGCUGGCUUCUUUGCCCAAGGUAUUGACCUUAAAACUUUAGGAAGAAUGCCACAGACCCUAAGGGGCUAUGUUGUCACUAUACUGGAUAGCCUUUCAUGCUGGCACAAAAAGCUAUCCAGUUAUAGUAAGAACACUUGUCCGAUAUGUGACUCUCUAAUUUAGAGAUUGGCGUGGCUCAACUUCACUCCAUUAUGGAAAUUGUGCUAAAAUCACCACUAGUGAACUGAUUUAAGCCUUCUCUGGCAUAGUUUUUGUGCCGGCGUAAAAGCUAUCCGAUACAGUGUAAACAUGCAUGUAGCCUAAUUCUCUUUUUUGUAGGCUGACCACAGUGUAUGCAAUUAUUUCCAAAGUUGAUUUAUGGGAAAACUGAAAUGAUUUUAAUUUGUUGGCUUGCAGCUGCCAAAUAUGGUAAAAAAGUUGCUGUCUUGGAUUAUGUAUCCCCUUCACCACAAGGUAGGGAAAUUAUGAUAUUAUUAAUGUAAUUUUUAUUCUAAUUAUAAUAUAAUUUAAGCUUACAUGAUGUACAUGUAUUACCAUUUGUUCCUUUCACCAAUUGCCAGUGAAGUACACCAUGUAACUCAAUAUUCUUCAAUAAUUAUUAUAUUUAUAACAUAAUUUCCUGAUUCAUUGACCGUUUUGUGAAUCUCAAGGUAGUGCAAGUACAUGUACAAAUUUAAAUUUUUUCAGUAAGCCUUCACAACAGAUUAACAGCGAGGUUAGUAUACCUGCCAACUUUUUCUGAGAAAAAAGCGUGAGAUUUUUAUCCUGGGAGUCCUGGGAUUUUUGAAGACGACACGAUCAUUUCCGAAGAUUCCCGAAGAAGUCCGAAGUCUUCCGAAGACGUCCGAAGAUGUCCGAAGUCUGCCAAAGGCGAGCUCGCUCCCAGUGCUUUUCACUUCAAAAAUCAGAGAUCGCGAGGAAGGUAUUGCCAUUUAUUCAUUUUACACAUGGUUUUCGUUCCUUUCAUGGGUCUGAGUUAACAUAUUUUUGGAAAUUGUGUCAAGCAGGACGGCAACAACUCACAUUUUUCAAUCAGGCGUGAGAAAUUGGCCCGCAGGCGUGAGACUCACGCCUAAGGCGUGAGAGUUGGCAGGUAUAGGUUAGUUGGAGUGUGUUCUACAGGAGCUUACAAAAUAAUGCAGGUGUAUCUUUUCUUAUUUUCCUGUCAAUGGCAUUUUUAAAAUGCCCUAAUUUUUUAAUUUUUAAAUUAUUGUAACUAAUUUUUACCAUUUUGAUAUUGCAUGUUGAAAACAAAAUUAGAAAAUCACAUAAUUGGUGAGAAUCCACAAUGUACCCAUUAAAUGAAAUCCGUUUUUCAUGGUCGGUGGAAUAGAUCUUCAGUAGUUCAGUGCCAACAGAUCUAGUGCCGGGGUUGACUAAACUUUUUUUUUUAACCUUGAAUUUUGGUGCUUGUAUUAAAGGAUCAGCUUGGGGCCUUGGAGGGACAUGUGUCAAUGUUGGAUGUAUUCCAAAAAAGCUGAUGCACCAGGCUGCCUUACUGGGAGAGUCAAUCAAGGUAUCCUGACAGUUAAACCUGCAUGAUAUGUGCGGCCAUCUCUGCAAAGCAACCUCCUAUUAUAAGUGACUACUUAAUUAAAAUAUUAAGACAUUUUAUUUUUUCAAGUAAAAGCAAUACAGUGACAAAUUAAGCCCCCUGGCCUGUCAGUCUCCAGCUCCAGUAAUCCACCUCCAAAAUUUGCAGUUUAGGUUGUAUUUUUUGUUCUGUGCAUGUAAUUGAAAUUCUUUCAAGGAAAGAGAAAUAUAAGAAAUGAAGUUAUACUGAUGCACAAAAGUAACUACUGUACACACUCCACUUUGAGACUUGUGGAUGUGUCAACUGAGGAGAAUAAUAUUAUUUGGGUGUUUACUCAUCAUCAUCAUUUUUGGUUUGUUAGAAUUACUGAUGAAAAUGUGUAACAAGGGGAUGCACUCUGAAAAACUAUUACAAUAUAUUUUGAUUGUAACUGACAUUGAAAACUAAAUAAAUUUAUGAAAUAAAGUGUAUUAUAAAAUGAAAAUGAACUCGAUCCGGAAAUGAAGUUUAUUAAAACAGGCACAUGUCAGUUAAUGUUCAAUGACUUUGCAGGAUGCACGUCAUUUUGGAUGGAAUGUUCCGGACAAUAUCUCAUUGUCAUGGUAUGUAUUCUUCCUUUGUGGUUAUAUAAUUAAUACAUGCAUUUAAUUUUUAUUAUGUUAAAUCAAUUGCUAUAAAGUUAUUAUUGAGUGUUAUGUUGAAAUAAUAUUAUGCUAGUUUGCAAUAAUUAUUAAUAAUUAUUAUUAAGAUUGAUAUGAGAGAAUAAAACAUAAAGAAUGAAUUAUUCAUCCCUGAACCUCAAUGCCAUUUGUAUUGUUUUAUUCCCCUUAGCCUUGGAGUCAAGCAUGAAUUUAAAUAUUUAAAAACUAACCAAUUAAUUUUUUGGUUACUUCAAGUUUUAGCUAGUAGUAAACUUUAAAGUGAAAAGAGCAAUUGAUUUUGCAAAUAAAAAUAUAUUACUGGCUUUUUAAUCAUCAUCAUCAUCAUCAUCAUCAUUAUCAUUAAAGUUGCUCAAUAGACAUGGAUCACUUUAAUUGUACAAAGUUGACUUGGGUGAAGUGAACAAUGCUUGAAUGAGUGCCAGGGAUUAAGCUCAUGGCUGGCUGUCAGCUUAUUUCACUGGCUGAAAGAGAGCUAACCACCUGCAGCUCAAAAUGCUGAAAUUACAAAGGCAUGAAGAUUGACUGAUUAAAGAAAGCCUACUUCCCUUUUCCAUAGCUUUAAGUGCACUCUUCUCCUACCAAAGUGUCUUGUAUUUAAUAAUUAUAGGGAGAAUUUCACAUUACAUCAAAAGUCAUGAUAGGGCCUAUCUGAUGCACCCCAUCCUUAAAUAUACAUGAACAUAACAUGGAAUGUGUGUGUGAUGUCUCCUGUUUUUUGUUGUUUUAAUUUUUUUUUAAUGACAUAUCAGGGAAAAAUUGGUGCCGGCUGUUCAGAAUCAUAUCAAGUCACUAAACUGGGGCCACAGAGUCAAGCUACAUAAUAAGUAAGGAAUUACAAUUUAAGCGAUAUAAUUCAUAUAAGUCAACGUACAAUAAUAUUUGUACAUGAAUAGUACUGAUGGUGACACUAUUUAUUGAAUGUAAAAUUAUUUGUUCAGUGCGAAAAAUUUUAUGUAAGAUAUUUGAAACAAGCACAGUACCAAACUUCAUACAUUACUUCUACAAUGUGUAAACUUUUUGCAAUGCAGAUGGUUGGCUUUGUCUGUCCAUACAUGAAGCUCAUGUACAUGUACAUGUAGGUCUUAUUGCACGUACUGCUAGUAACUAAAGAGUUGAAACAUCUAAAUUUUCUUCCCAAUAAAUUAUCCUGCUAUUUUACUGAACAAAAAUCUCCCUUCCUUCUUCUCACAUAAUUACAGCAAGGUGGAGUACCUCAAUGCAAAAGGAUCGUUCUUGGACCCUCACACAAUUAAAGCAGUACUGCAGAACGGCACUGAGGUACAUACACGGUGACAUAAAUAAUGGAAUGAUAGUCUCUAAUUAAGUCUCCUUGUACAGGUCUUGUGAGUAUGACUGAGAGAUCCUUGGUUGAAUGCUGAAGGAACACAACACAACACCUUUGUACUGAAAAUGACCAGAAAGCGUCGGAGUCAUGUUAGAAUUUUAAUAUUUCGAAUGUGUGGCUUUCAGUCUCGAUUUUUCAUUAGUCAGAGUCUUGAAUUAAAUUUACUCUAAAUGCCACCAACUGUUCUGGCGAAAUUAUUUUUCAUUUUUAUUUUUCUAAUAAUCAAAAUUUACUGUUUUCAGAAAACUCUCAGAGCAGAGAAUUUUGUAAUAGCUGUAGGUGGAAGACCAAGAUUUCCAUUUGAGGUCAGUGAAGUUAUUAAAAAAAUUUAUGUUAAAAGUACUAUCACGGCUGUUGCUAAGGUUUCAAGUUGCCGUGUAGAUACAACAAGUAGGCAGGGAAUCAAACUGCUAGGAAUUUCUUUUGGUUCUAUUUUUCUUCUAUUUUCCUUUGGCAGUAGCCGGGGGGCGACGUUCUUAUACAACCCUGACUAAAUUUUGGGUAGCAAGGGCGGUGCAAUGGUGAGAGCACUCGCCUCCCACCAAUGUUAUCUGGGUUCGAAUCCUGGCGUCAACACCAUAUGUGGGUUGAGUUUGUUGUUGGUUCUCUCCGUUGCUCCGAGAGGUUUUUCUCCGGUUUUCCCUUCUCCUCAAAAACUAACAUUUCCAAAUUCCAGUUCGACCGGGAAUCAGGUACACGAAGAACCACUCACGCUCUGGGGGACACAAAACAAAAGAAACUUACCCCACUAGACCGGGGUCCCCCACUCCAUGUAAACAGGGUCUUAAAGUGGAUGUGCUACCUCCAAAUCGUUAUUGAUUCAUAUCCCUCUGAUGCAGCAUGUGGUCUGUGAUUUUGUUUAUAUUUGCCAUUGCCCUGACACUAAAACUCUCUUUUGUUUAUGUAAUUAAACAUUGAACACAAUUAUUUACUAUUAAUUUAAUAUUUCUUUUUUUAAGGUACCAGGUGCAAUGCAAUAUGGCAUCAGCAGUGAUGAUCUGUUUUCUUCGGAAAAGCCUCCAGGAAAAACGUGAGUAUGAUUGCUUCCCUGUUAAUCACAUAGACUGCGAGCAAGCUCUUCGAUUACAGCGAGCGACACGAGGCGAGAGAGAACGCGCGAGGGAGCAGCGAAGUCGCGAAGAGCGGAGGAAAAGGAGAUCACUUUCCCCGUCCCACACACUCGUCUAUCCUAUCACGUGGGGCUCUCGCGCGACUUCUCGAGACUUCCCCAAAUGGAGAGCUUGCUCGCAAGCUAUUAAUCACAGCGCAUAGAGAACAAACAGUAUUGACAGUUGUUUCCGUGAGCCAGUGUUUGCGAGCAAUACUUUAAAAAACUACAAUGUAAUCAAUAGUUUUGGAUGGAUAAACGUAUUUAGAGUAAAGAUUUGUAAGCUGUUGACUUUCUGGUCAUAUCGUGUUUUGACGUAACUUCAGUAAGGAUCGAAAGUUAAACUGUAAAGAUCAUAAUUUCCACUUUUUCUUUGCCUUCAAUUUUUCUGCCAAAAGUGCAUGCGCUGAUUCCAACAAAAAAUACUGUCAGAAUGUAUAUAGUUGUAUUUUGUUCCAACUUGUUAAAAGCCCUUGCAAUAUGCUUCUGUUUGCUUGUGCCAUCUGCUUUAAAGCCUCAUUAUCUUGGCUUGUAAAGAGCGCAGUCUCCGCCUUUCUCCCUUUGAUAUAUGGCCUUUAAAAUACGAACCUAAAAGUCGCCUAGUAACACAGGCGUCCCAAGCUCACGUUACGAGAGUGGAAUGUAAUUUGCAUUCUGCACUGUCUGCAGCUACUUGUUAUUUUUCUGUGGGUAAAGUGAUUACCCUUGGUCAUCUCGUCACCAAGUAGUCGACUCGCCGCCGACUAACUCGCCACCAAGUAAGAACUCUGUAAUCAGUCUGGAAUAAGCUUGGCGAAGAAGUAAAAUUUUAGGUUAGUAAUCCUAGGUGAGUAAACACGUCGAUUAAUGCAGAGUGGUGGCGAUCGAUUAGCCUUCUUGGGGGCGAGUUGGUUGGCGGCGAGUCGACUUCUUAGUGGCGAGAUAACCGUAAACCACCGUGCGGAUUACUUUUCCUUUAAAUCGUCAUCAGACUUCUCCUAUAAAGAUUUUAGUGUCACUUACUGUUACUAACAGCUAUUUUGUAUUCUUUUGCAGUCUGGUUAUUGGUGCUUCAUGUAUCCUUUUACAUUCAGAUUUCUCUUGUUUUUGCUCUAUUCACAUCAUUUCGCCCUGCUCUCAUUUUUGGCAUAGUUGACUUUGGAUGCUCCUUAGACAACUCUUUUGAUUUUCAAGCGAAUUUAUAAUUCAAAUAAACAUUUCGUUUCUUGCGGUGUUCUUUCCUUUUCUGGACUUCUAGAGAAAAAGGUUUCAGACUCUUUCUGCUGUUACUAUCUCUACCAGAGCAGAAGGGAGCCACCGAAACCUUAGCCUUCUGUGAUACAAUUAAUGGUUUUGCUGUACCUAGAUUACAGCAGAAGACAGUCAGCUUACUGAAUAAUUCUACACAGGAAACUUUUCCCUAACAAUAUUUUACGGAAGACGUGGCAUUGGAAUGUGCUGGUUUUCUGACAGGCUUAGGAUUCGACACGUCAUUGAUGAUGAGGUCUAUACCACUACGUGGGUUUGAUCAGGUGAGACUCUUUCAAGCUUUCUAGGUAGCUAUUCCAGGUGCAAAAUCAAAAACCAGGCCGAGAAUUACUGCAGUUCACCAGACCUGCGAUAACUGCUGCAAAGUACAGGCCGUCUUUUUCAGACUACUCCUUAUUUUUUUUUCGUGGUUUUAUGUACAGCGCGCGUAAUUCGCUCGCGGUUAGUACGGUUGUUUAUACUGAAAGAGUUUAAGCCUUCUCCCGAUGGCAAAAUGACAAAAUUUCUUACAUUUGAUAACUUGUUCCCGCCAAUACUACAUUUGGCUAAAACUCGUGGGAGAAUCACGACGGCCAUCACGUUUUCCCGCCGAAAUGACGCUGGUUCACGCGUGAGCAAUACUCAGUAUUGAGAACAUCUAAACAAAAUCUCGUAUUCGUAGUCGUCCUCGUCUCAGAGUCUAAAGCACUCUAUUGUUGUGUGGAAUUCGUCACUUUAGAAACCAGCAGGAAAGUGGGCCGAGUUAACAUUUGCAAAGACUUCUGGGUCUGUUACAAGGGUCAGGUAAAACGAUUGGCCAUUAGCUGACUGGUGCGCCCCAGUAACAAUCCCAGAAACACGUGUGGGACACAUUUUGGUCCCUUUCUCGUUUCUAAAGUGGUGAAUUGCGCUAUCGGUCUGUUUUGGUGGACUAAUAGACCUUUUUACCGAUACGGCGGCCACAUUGAAUUAAGGAGUAUUAUAGGAUGCCUAGGGGGCAUGAGCACAUUUCGUUUGUAUUUUCGAGCGCUUUUCGGGAAUUUUUUCUUAAAGUUUUCUUAGAGUAAGAUUCUAAUGGGAAAAAAGAUUCUUGUGCCGUGUUUGGAUGUAGUAAUGAUCGCCUUUUUCCCCAGAAAUAUACAGUGAAAGACCAUAUUUCUAAUACUAAACUAGAAAAAGGCGAUCAUUAUUACAUCCAAACGCGGUACAAGAAUCUUUUUUCCCAUUGCAAUCUUAUUCUAAGAAAACUUUAAGAAAAAAUUUCCCGAAAAGCGCUCGAGAAUACAAACGAAAUGUGCUCAUGCCCCCUGGGCAUCCUAUAAUACUCCUUAAUUCAAUAUGGCCGCCGUAUCGGUAAAAAGGUCUAUUUUGACCUAAUUUUCUCUGCAACGUCGCCAUAGCAAAUGAAAAAAAGAGAAAUCGUCUCCAAAACAAUCGCCUAGUGCAAUUCGACACUACAGAGACCCAUGUCAGUCUCCCGCUAGACCUCAAAAUCAAGUGCAAUAUGGCUAAUUUUAGGGUUGUCCGUUAGGCGAGAGUUGGUUGUAUUCAGAAUUUUUUGUUGCUUGUGCUUAACUAGCAAAUGUCCCAGCUCGUGUCAGAUUACAUGGAGAACCAUGGAACGAGGUUCUUGAAGCACUGUGUUCCUGUCAGAGUCGACAAAGAUGACAGAGGAUUACUUCAUGUAACUUGGAAAGAAACUGAGACGGGCAAAUCACAUCAAGAAACGUUUGAAACAGUUCUGUUUGCAAUCGGUAAGUCACAAUAAGCUAACAAAACCAAGAGCUCAAAAUAACGGCCGGUGCACAGAAAAUGUUCGGCCAGAAUAGGGUCUUGACCGGCCUGAAACUUCACUCGCCGGUCAUGUUGACGGGUCACGACGCACACUCAUUUUUGAACAACCAGCCAAAUCCUCACCUGUAAAACUUAGAUUUUUGUCUCUUUAUAAAAAUGCAAGGGUUAGGCAACAUAUUUUCCCAAUAUUUUAACUGGUGAUAAAAGAAGCUUGAACGAGCAAAAAUUUCUUUGGCCGGUCAUCGUGUCCGGCCACCGUCCGGAAGUUAUUUUGAGCCGUGAAGCAAAGAAGUCUGGCGAAGUGAAUAUCCGGUACACUUUAUUAACUAUGAUUAUGAGCUAUACCAAGUGCUAUUGCAGCUAUUAAUUAAUAAUAUUAUUGCACGAACCUACGAUUACUAAAACUGCCUUUCAUGUAGGCAGGGAUCCAGAGACAAGCCAGCUGAAUCUUGAGAGGGCAGGAGUUGAGGUGCACCAACAGACCAAGAAAAUUGUUGGAAACAACAGCGAACAAACAACAGUCCCGCAUAUUUUCGCCAUCGGAGAUGUGCUACAGGUAUUUGAUAGAACUCAAAUCAUGAUGGAAAAGCUCGUUCCCAGUGUCUUGCAUCUCCCCUACGACCAGGGGCCCAAAAGAGGAGAUACCCUGGGAACGAGGUUGAUAAGGCAGGAACCACAAUCACGAUGUCUUUUUAUAUCCAAAGCAUUGUCAAGCUUCCGCAACAAUAGAUUAUUGUACUUAUGAAAUCGUAGCUAGGAUACCGUUAGGGUACAAUUACGCUCAUAAGCCCCUGGCUUAUACAACUUCCUAAGGGGUUUCAGGAGGGCCCAUAUAUGAGGUGGGGCUUAUAAUAUCCGGUGGGGGAGGGGGGGCUUAUAACUUAUUUGGACGAAGAAAGAGCGUUUCGAAACACGCUACAUAUAGCACUGCUGAUCAAAAGACUAUUUUAGUUAACUCGCUUUCUUUAAGCUUCAAAACGUCGUAAAAAUGGAAUCCAUUUCAAUACAAGCUAGAGGGUGGCUUAUCCGGGGGAAGGGGCUUAUCAGCGGAAGUUUACGGUAUCAUAAGUUAUUAUACCUCAACCGAAAAAAGACCUUGUGAAUCCAGGCCCAGGUUUCUGUUUUUCGUUGUUUUGGUGAUGAAAUUUAAUUUUUCUUUAAAAUUGGGUUUCCUUUCCUAGAUUUUAGGGGCAUUACGAAGCCACGACGGCGGUGAGAACGAAAAACAAAACAAUAUGUUUAAUGAGAAAAAAAGGAGAUAAAUUAGACUGCAAAACAGUCCGUAUUUUUGCGGAUUCAAAUACGCGCGAGCAGUCAAGCAAAAGGUCUGGAACGAGGCUGAAAACAGAGAGCAAGACUGCUUACGGUUCGCACUCUUCGCGCGCGUAAGACUCUUACGCCACGCUUUACCGAUUUCUUUACUGCUUUUGAGAAAAAAAACAAAGAAAAAAAGGAAGGAAAAAAAACGCUGUUUUGCAGUCUAGAGAUAAGUAGUUAUCUUCUGUAUGUAGCUAAGGAAGAAAAAAAAACACUGUUUUGCAGUCUAGAGAUAAGUAUAGUUAUCUUCUGUAUGUAGCUGAGCUAUCAGCAGUUUCUUUCGUUAACAGGAUAGGCCAGAGUUGACUCCAGUGGCCAUUAGAGCUGGAAAGUUGUUGGCUGAUAGGCUUUUUGGAGGCUCUGACAUUUUGAUGGACUAUGAUAAGGUUGGAGUAGAACACUGAAGUACUAAUCGUUUCUUUUUGUUAGUUUAUCUUUUUUUUUUUCCACUGAGUAUUUGGUCAAUUAUACACUGAAAUAGGAAUAAAUAGAAUUAAUAAUCGAGAGACUGACUUGCCAUUCAAGUUUAAUAGCAGAAAUUGCAGUUUAAGGUCUCCUUUAGGCUUGUGAAGCCAAUUGUUUUAACUAUAAAGGUAUCGCUUAGGGUCGUGCGUUUUCGUCAUCGAAUUUAUAAGUCUCUAAUAUCUUGCUCUUUAACUUUUUACUUGACAGGUUCCCACUACAGUGUUCACGCCAUUAGAAUAUGGUACAGUAGGUCUUUCGGAAGAGAAAGCUAUCGAUAUGUACGGAGAAGACAAAAUCGAGGUAAGGUUGCCAUGAGAAGCAAUGAGCGUCAUGUUGUGGUUCAAUUUUAUCCUUGGUUUUAAUUUUACAUUCCUUUGUUUCAAUUUCAUUAUCAUACAUUACCAUACCCGAAAACAAAGGAAAAUAAAACUUAAACCAGGGAUAAAAUUGAACCACAACAUUAUAUUAUAUGAAAGUGAGAUAUGGCCUGGUGAGAUAUCGCCAAAUCUGUGUUAGUGAGACGUCUAUAAAGGAUUUAAGAGGCUACCUGUCAAGGUCCUAGAACCCUCCUCCCUACAAGGCGAUCACCUUUUUAAUAGCCUGAGAAAACAGCCGACAUUUGGCGACGCUACCACUGGUUUCCGCGCCAAAUGACGUCUGAGAAACGAGGGCAGCAAUUCCAUACUGAUGACGCGUCACUACCCAGAUCUGGGUAGCGCUUCUUAUUGGUUCAAUCAAAUUUCCCACGCGGCACGACCAAUCAGUUGCAGUCCCCAGAUCUGGGUAGUGACGCGUUAUCAGUAUGGAAUUUCUGCGCUCGUUUCUCAGACGUCAUUUAGAGGGAAAACCAGUGGUAGCGUUGCCAAAUGUCGGCUUGUUUCUCAGGCUACCUUUUUAACAGACUCUUGGCAGUCCCUACUUUUUCAUAGUGACAAAAAGUUAAACGCAAGAAGGGGAAGUACAUGUAAUAAGGAUCGCGGCGGGGAAUGGCUUGAAAGAGGGAAGAGCCCUUUUCCUUGAUACGUUUUGUUCUUUCAAAUUUUAUGCAAAGAUCGACUGUGAUGUAAGCGGUAAAAGUCAGCUUUUCAUUAAGCAUUAUUAAAUUACUGACUAGCGUGAAAGAGGAGGGUGACAAGAGGGAAAAAGAGGAAAACUGAAAGACAUUUCUAAGAGAAAUACUUCUUUCCUUUCCUCUGGGUCUGGCAUUCCUCCUGGUAUACAAGUUUCACUCGCGCUAGCGCUCUUUUUUUUCCUCAGUGAUUGGUCGGUUAUGAGUCGCUUAACUUGUAGCUAGAAUUAUACAUUUCAACGUUGCUCUUCGACGACACCGCACACGUCAAUUUCAUUCUCUAGAUUCCGAUCUGUUGCUUUUCCAGGUGUAUCAUGCCUUUUACAUUCCACUGGAGUUUAUCGUGCCUGGUAGAAACGCUGAGCAGUGUUACAUGAAGGUAAGUCUGCUGCUCUUAGCCUUAUCACUCAAUCAGAUCACAAAACUGACAAAUCGUUUUCUCCUUUGUUGACAGGCCGUUUGCUUAAGGGAGGGAGAUCAGCCUGUUGUUGGUCUCCAUUUUAUCGGGCCUUCCGCAGGAGAGGUUAUUCAGGGCUUUUCUGCCGCCAUGAGGUAAGUAAAUCGGCGAAGGGUCAACUCUCGCGCAGGAUUAGCUUAGACCGCGCAGGAUUAGCUCAGUUGAUAGAGCUCUUGACUGCAGAGCGCGAGGUCGCGGGUUCUAUUCCCGGGACCGGACCAACACUCAGGGUCUUAAAAUAACUGAGUAAUGAGGGUACUGCCUUGGCCCUGCGCAAAUGGCUAGAUCUUCGCGUGGCUCGGAAGGCCACGUAAAAUGGCGGUCCCGUCUUCAGUACGAGACGUAAAACUAGUGUCCCCAGUUAGUACUUUCGUGCUAAAUACAUUGACACUCAAAUGAAGUACAAGUUUUUUUUUCUCAGAUGGACACCUUCGGGGCUGGCCCCGACUGUCCGUGUUACAGAGGUGUCGGUCUUAUAGAGCAGUCCGUUUCAUUUCGUGACAGUCAAGCUGCACCGUGUAAGAUGAAAUUAUAAGGCGUAACUACUCAAACGUAGCCUGCACAGCAAGUGUAUGAUAAAUCGUGAUAGAUUUAGGGCGUACCAAAAGGCAUUUUUCGCGCUCGCCGCUUAUUAAAGAGCCCCCAAUAGGGUUCUUCAAUCUUGCAAUCCCGACUCAAUAUUUCGUGCAAUCCCUUAACCCCGAGUGUUAUACUUGGCAUCCCACUCCCGUGCAUACUUUCAAUCCCAAAACUCGCCCCGAUUUUGCUUUCAAAUCCUGAAUCCCGAACUUCAAAUAAGGGAAAUCCCGGGUCCCGAAAAACGUAUUGAGGACCCUCGAAAUUGUUUAUUCGCCUGCCAUGCAUGCAUACUCAAAUGGAAACGUGAAAAGUUUUGUGGCUUUCUUUUGAUUCUACUUAACAAGGUGGGUAUAACUUUUUAGUCUGAGGAUGCAAUCCCAAAUGUGCCUUUGAUGGGGGCAAAUACUGAUCACUUAUUAUUUGUAUUAUUUUCUAGGUGUGGUCUGACAUACGAGAGUUUAUCCUCGACUGUUGGCAUUCAUCCAACUUGCGCAGAAGUGGUUGUGAAAAUGCAUAUCACCAAAAGAUCUGGGUUGGAUCCAACUGUUACAGGCUGCUGAGGAUAAAUAUACCCCCAUAUACAAGUUUGUCCGAGAAAAAUAAGCUUAUUUGACAUUUAACCCGACAAUGCUCUAGUUGACGCAUCUUCUUACUAUGAUUAUAGCUUUUGUUUUGGACCACGAAAAACCAACAAAAUGCUAAUUAAAUUUCUCGGGAAUUUUUUAGCUUUUCAAUAAGUAGUGAUUUCGCAGCAGCCAUGUUGGAGCAGAGGACAAAAUGAUUUUCCAAAGGAAAGUCGCUUAUGUUUUACAUGAUCCUCCGACAUGGCCGCUAUUAAAGGGGUGAAACUUCGUAACACUUUAAUGCAGAAGAACAUUGGGUGAACAGUUUCUUCUGAAUCUCCUCUAACGUGACUUAGUAGCUAGGGAACCUCUUUAAAAUUAGGCUUCUACUUAUUUUUACUAUAUUUAUUUUUUCUCGGACACGUAUACGUAGUGGGGGCACAACUAUUAUUUAUCUAAACAGUCACUUGUGUUUAUGACGAAAGGUUUUGAAACUGCGGAACACAAGAAAACCUCUCUGAAUCCAUCACAAGUGUAUUUUGGAAAUUGUCUUGACGUUGUGUAGUCCGACAGAGGCUAAGACUGUCUAAAAAACGUACACUGCAGACUUGAAAAUCAUUUGUCUUCCUUUAGAUACCUAGACUGCAAAACAGUCGGGUUUUUUUUCUCAAAAUCAGUAAAGAAAUCGGUAAAGCGUGGCUUAAGAGUCUUACGCGCGCAAAGCGCGCGAGCCUCACCCGCCCGUAGGGCGAGUGAGGCGCAAUGUGAGGCGAGAGAAAAAAAACGUCUCACCCCAGUCUUGCUCUCUGUUUUCAGCCUUGUUCCAGACCUUUUGUUUGAGUGUUCGCGCGUACUUGAAUACGCAGAAAUACGGACUGUUUUGCAGUGUAUUAGAUACCUUGUAAAUAAACGGGCAAGAUUCAUGAAGAAAGGUUAAAAUGAUUAAUUAAAAAAAAUUAGAACCUGGCGAACAAAAAUUAAAACACGAUUACAAUGCGAAAAUGG